GUACGUCAAGCACAGGUGACAGCAUUUGUUGUGAACUUUGGGGCUUUUGCGCUAGAAUGACUCAACAACUAUAUAGGCAACUAAACGCUGUGUUAUUUCUCGUGUUGUCCUGUUCGUGCCUCCUAGUGUAAAACAGAAGUGGUACUAAUUGUGUGCAUUUCCGUAUUUCGUUUGACGGGCCUCUAAACACAGGAGCCCGUUAGUUGUACACCACUUUUUCGGUUUGAAGAGGAGAACAAAAAUUGGUCAAUUUUUCGGAAUCAAGUUUGGUCCAGGAAAACUUCACAGGCAUGCUACCUGUGCUCCCUCUGGAAGUCCUGGAGGAGAUACUCUUGAAUGUACAUCCGCACCAGGUGGUGUGUGUGUGUCGACUGGUGUGUCAUGAGUGGAAAGAAGUAGUGGACAGUGAUUCUCUUUGGAGAGAGAAGUGCCGAAGAGAGGGAUACCAGACAUGUGAUUCCACUAAACUACCUGAAGACUGGUGUUUGUUUUACUUCUUGUGUAAGAAGAGACAUAAUCUUAUCAAAAAUCCCAGAGCAGAGGAUAAAUUAAAUGGCUGGCAUAUUAUGAAGAAUGGAGGGGAUCAAUGGAACAUCGGGUCAGUGGGCCCUAAUGAUACAGACCUAAAAUACUUUGACUUCUUACGCAUGACUCACGUGUUCAAGAAUUAUGGACCAGGUGUGCGAUACAUCCGAUUUAUUCAUGGAGGAAAGGACACUCAGUUCUGGGCCGGCUGGUAUGGAAUUAGGGUCACCAACAGUAGCGUUGAGAUCUGCCCAUCGAUGGACAGGUAGCUUUCGGUGUUCCCAACCUCCCAAGAGGUUACAUAUGAAUGUUGUGCCUACCUGCAAGUUUUACUUUAGCAUCUGAAACCUCCCUUAGAAUACUUUUGUGGAUACCUUGUUCCAGCUUUUCUGUCUUAGGCAAUAUGUUGUUUCUCUGUGGAUAUAGACUAUUUUGGCUGUGGAAUAUAUCAUUUGUGUACGUCUCUGAAUUGUACAGACCAAUGCAAAUAUGGAAUACAUUGAAGCCUUAAACAAAGACAGACCAAGGAGAGAAAGGAAAGCGUUAACUUGAAUGUAAUUUUGCAUGUAUAUAAACGUCUGACCCACUUUAUAACAAACGCCACCUUAAACGUUUGAAAUCUUUUGUUUGAGCUCACCUACUUUUCUAAAUAUUUAUAAGAAUGUAAUUGUUAACAUGUACACUACCGGUCAAAAGUUUUUAUAACACCUACUCAUUCAAGGGUUU